AGGUGAGUGGGAAGUGAUUUUCUCAAUUAUGUCUUCUCAGUCUAGAUGCAGUGAGUUGAUCCUCUUCAUAAAUGGCAAAAAGAUCACAGAGAAGAAUCCAGACCCAGAGGAAGUUUUGCUUAGCUUUCUCAGACGGAAAGUGGGGCUGACUGGGGCCAAGUAUGGCUGUGGGGGAGGUGGAUGUGGGGCCUGUACUGUUAUGGUGUCCAGAUAUGACUACCAGCAGAACAAGGUUCUUCACUACACUGUUAACGCCUGCCUCCAGCCUAUCUGCACCCUGCAUGGGGCUGCUGUGGUUACUGUUGAGGGCAUUGGCAGUACCAAGACCAAGCUGCACCCUGUCCAGGAGCGUAUAGCCAAGGCCCAUGGUUCUCAGUGUGGGUUCUGUACCCCAGGGAUGGUGAUGUCUAUGUACACCCUCCUGAGGAACAAGCCCCAGCCCACCAUGGAGGACAUCCGAGAGGCUCUGGGGGGAAACCUAUGCCGCUGCACUGGCUACCGGCCAAUCAUUGAUGGAUUCAAGACGUUCUGUGGUACCUCAGAAUGCUGCCAGAAUGGAGAGGGCGGUGGAAAGUGCUGUCCGCAAAAUGGAACCAACAGCCAUGAAGAUGGAGAUAUCUGCCAAGAGCUUUUCUGUAUGGACGAGGUAUUGCCUCUUGACCCAUCUCAAGACCUGAUAUUUCCCCCUGAGCUGAUGAUCAUGGAGAAAGAAAAUGGAGUUGGUUUCCUGCGUUUCCAAGGAGAAAGAGUGACGUUGGUCUGUCCAGUCGAUUUAUCGGACCUAUUGAACUUGAAAUCAGAGCACCCAGAUGCCCCUCUGGUAGUUGGCAACACAACUCUUGGACCAAAGAUGUUGCUGAAAGGAGUCUACCAUCCUUUGGUUAUCUAUGCAGGAAGAAUUUCAGAUUUAAAAUCUCUUAGCUGGGGGAAGAACGGCCUGAAUGUAGGGGCUGCCUGCACUCUGUCUAACCUGAAGGAGGAGCUGCAGAGGGUUGUUGGGGAGAUGGAGAUGGAGAAGACCAAAGGGUUCCAGGCAUUGCUCCAGACUCUGCAGUGUCUGGCAGGGAAACAGAUCCGCAACAUGGCCACUAUUGGAGGCAAUAUUCUGAGUGCAAAUCCCAAGUACGAUCUCAACAGCAUUUUAGCUGCCUUGGAAUGCACACUGCUCGUCAUUUCAAAAGAUGGGUCAAGGAAGAUUCUUUUGAAUGAGAAGCUUUUCACAGACUUUGGAAAAACAGCUCUCAGACCAAAUGAAGUCCUUCUGGCGAUUGACAUUCCCUUCUCCAAACCAUGGGAGUUUGUGUCAGCCUUCCGUCAGGCCCAGCGAAGAGAGUUUUCGUUCUCCAUUGUAAACUCUGGUAUGAAGGUGGCCAUUAAGAAGGAUACCAAUCUAGUAGAGUCUCUCCACAUUUUCUACGGAGGUGUUGGACCUUCCCUGGUGAAGGUUGAACACACAUGUGAACAGCUUGUGGGCCGGUCCUGGGGAGAGGAGCUCCUUGCUGAGGCCUGCAGACUCCUGGAGGACGAGGUGGACGUGUCUCCGCUUAUACACGGUGGGAAAGUGGAGUACCGGAAGACACUCGCUCUCAGCUUUUUCUUCAAGUUCUACAUGCAGGUGGUGCAGAAUCUGCACGAGAGGGAUGUAAGUGUAAAUGGACUGCCAUUGGAACAUCUCAGUGCUCUGAAGCCCUUCAAGAACGAGGUUCCCCAUGGACAUCACUCUUUCCAGCUUGUUCCUGACGGCCAGCCCAUUGAUGACCCUGUGGGUCGUCCCAAAGAGCACCAGGCCUCUUACGAGCAGGCCACAGGAGAGGCCAAGUACUAUGAUGACCUUCCGCCCGUUCAGGGGGAGCUCUUUGUGUUCAUGGUGACCAGCACGCGAGCGCAUGCUAAGCUCAUCAACAUUGACCCAUCUGAAGCUCUGGGGAUGUCUGGUGUGGUGACGUUCUUAUCUGCCCGGGACGUGCCCGGUCAGAACAAGAGACUGUGGUUCAACAACCCAGAGGAGCUGUUUGCUGAGGAGGAAGUGUGUUGCGUGGGCCAGAUCAUCGGAGCAGUGGUGGCGGAGACCAGAGAGCAGGCCAGGAGAGCAGCCCAGAAGGUCCAGGUCACCUAUGAAGACAUACUGCCAGUCUUCUUCACUAUAGAGGAUGCUAUCCAUCAUCAGUCCUUUUUCGACCCUCAGAGAAAACUGCAGAGGGGGGAUGUGGAUGUGGCCUUUAAGACAGUGGAGCACAUUUUGGAGGAUGAAAUAUAUAUGGGCGGCCAGGAGCAUUUUUACAUGGAAACCCAGGGUGUGAUUGCAGUGCCCAAAGGUGAGAAUGGAGAGUUGGACCUGUUUGUCGCCAGCCAACAUUCAGCGUAUGCUCAGGAAAUCGUAGGGAUCACACUAGGCAUCGACUCCAACAAGAUCACCUGCCACGUCAAGCGGCUUGGAGGAGCGUUUGGCGGCAAGGUCAUGAAGGUCGCUAAUCUCUCUGCCAUCACAGCCACCGCUGCAUACAAGACUGGGCGAGCUGUUCGCUGCUCUCUGGAUCGUGGGGAUGACAUGCUGAUUACCAGUGGUAGACACCCCUUCCUAGGGAAGUACAAGGUGGGAUACAACCACGACGGGACAAUCGUGGCGGUCGACAUCACUUACUACAGCAACGGAGGGUGCACUCUGGAUGAAUCAUCUUUCAUCAUGGAGAAAGCUUUGCUCCACAUGGACAAUGGAUACAAGAUCCCCAACUUGCGUGGCCGGGGAUUGGUGUGUAAGACCUACUUGCCUUCCUACACUGCCUUCCGUGGCUUCGGAGCCCCACAGGGUCUUACUGUGAUGGAGAGCAUCCUCCACGAGGUGGCAGUGCGAUGUGCUCUUCCCCCGCACAAGGUAGUACUCACCUUGGCAUGUGUCUUUUUACAGGUGAGGCAGAUCAACAUGUACCAGGCAGAAGAGUGCCUCACCCACCACAAGCAGCUAUUUUCCCCCAGGGACAUGAUACGCUGCUGGGACGAUUGUCUGGACAAGGCUGGCUACCAGGAGCGCCUGCAAGCCAUUCAGCAGUUCAACGUCUUCAACCAAUGGAAGAAGAGAGGCAUCUCGGUCGUGCCGCUGAAGUUUGGAGUGGGCUUCUCUAAAGGCUUCUACAACCAGGGUGCAGCGCUGAUCAACAUUUAUAAAGAUGGCUCGGUGCUGGUGACCCAUGGGGGGACGGAAAUGGGCCAAGGUAUCAAUACCAAGGCCAUUCAGAUUGCUAGUCGCAUUCUGAGGGUCCCCAUGUCCUCUAUCUAUAUCAAGGAGACGUGUACCGGCAGCGUCCCCAACGCUGCCCCCUCGGCUGCAUCCUUUGGUACUGAUGCUGUGGGCAUGGCAGUGAAGGAUGCUUGUGAGAAACUGAUGAGACGUCUAGAGCCAGUCAUGAAGACAAAUCCCAAAAGCACCUGGAAACAAUGGGUCGUCGAGGCUUACUGUCAGAAAAUCAGUUUAACUGCAACUGGGUUCUUCAUGGGACCACACACCAGCAUAGACUGGGAGAAGAGCGAGGGUCCAGCUUACUACUACUUUACCUUUGGGGCCUGCUGCUCAGAAGUAGAGAUAGACUGUCUAACAGGAGACCACAAAAACAUCAGGACAGAUAUUGUGAUGGACGUUGGAAAAAGCAUCAAUCCGGCUCUCGAUAUUGGACAGAUCGAGGGAGGUUUCGUCCAAGGCAUUGGCCUGUACACCAUAGAGGAGCUGGAGUUCUCAUCAGAGGGGGUCCUUAUGACUCGAAGCCCUUCUCAAUACAAGAUCCCUGCUUUAUGUGACAUCCCUCCCCAGCUUAACGUCCACCUGCUGGCCAAUGCAGAGAACCCUUAUGCCAUCUACAUGUCUAAGGGUAUCGGUGAGCCCCCAGUGUUCUUUGGCUGCACCAUAUUCUUCGCCAUCAAAGAGGCCAUCGCUGCUGCCCGUAGGGAUAGGGGACUAGACGAGACUUUCUCCCUGAGUUCCCCUGCCACUGCUGAGAAGAUCCGAAUGGCCUGCAUCGACCAGUUCACACAGAAGGUGCCAUGUACAAAGGAAGGAAUUUUCAAACCAUGGAGUAUCAAUGUGUGA